AUGGCGUUCACGGAGGAUACACUGCCCUCGCUUGAGGCGUGGAAAUGUUUUGUCCGUCGACUGGAAGAGCGAUAUGGUUUGCGCGAAGUGCCGAGAGCCAGCUGGUUAGGAGCACAACGCCCGGACUUUUUGUCGCAUGCGCUGCAACAGCGAGUAGCGUACCUGUUGCCAGCAGCGGUCUGCGAUGACUUGUCACAGAAAGAGGCUCGCUUUUGCUCCAUAUCGGAUCAAAGUUCAACAGAGGCAAAAGUGGCAGUUCCCGGAGCGAUUAUCGCAGCGUACGUGGGUCGCAACCUGCAGGGCCCGAGCGGAGGCGUCCACGGAGGCGCCAUCGCCUCGCUCCUCGACGCGAGCAUCGGGAUGGCGACAAACCCGCGUUCGGACCCGGACGGGUAUGUCACGGCACAGCUCGUUGUCAAUUAUCGGCAGAUUGUCCCACUGGGCUCGUACGUGUUGGCGUUGGCCUAUGUCCAUGAUAGGGAGCCGGCGCGGCGCAAGUGCUACGGCAUGUCACGACUCGUGGACGCUGGCGCACUUGCCCAGUCGACGGACACCUGCGCACUGCAGCUGCAGCGGCCGCUAGAGGCUGCUCGUCGCGAUACCGCUCGUGAACGGGUGUACGCGGAUGCAACGGCGCUGUUCGUUAGACAGCGACAUCGCCCGGAAACUCAUGGGGAGCGUUCGCUUCAAACUGCCGCGGUGAAUCGAGUGGAAUCCGUUUCGGGUUUUCUGGGGGCGCAGGCUCGGCCAUGGCGUGCUUCCUUGUAG